AUAAUUUAGAAUUAUCACCAGAUAUCGACCUGUAGCAUCCUAUAUAAAUCGUAAUUUCCUUCUGAUUUCUCAAGUUGUAUUAAGGCAAUCAUACAACAAUGUUCAUCAAAAGCAUUCUGGCUGCCGUUCUCCUCCUCCAGGUCUGCUGGGCCAUACCCACCAACCUGCAGCCCCGUAUCACCGAUGGUGUUCCAGCCGCUCAUGGUGAAUUCAAAUACCAAGUUUCCAUUCAAUGGGGAGUCCCACCAUUAUCUCAAUACAGCCACUCCUGCGGUGGUUCCAUCCUGAACGAAAAAUACAUCUUGACCGCUGGCCACUGCGUCAUGAAAGUUGGAAAAACUAGGGUUGUCGCUGGCAAAUACGAAUUGAACAAGGAUGAAUCCAGUCAACAAAUCGUGCAGGUUGCCAGAGGCAUAGUCCACAGUGGAUACAAAGGUGGCGUUGCGCAACACGACAUCGCUCUGUUAGAAUUGGCAACGCCCUUGAAGCUGAACGACCUUGUCCAACCAAUCACCCUGCCCAAACAAGGACAGAAACAAACUGGACAAGCUGUCCUUUCUGGAUGGGGAUCAGUCUCUAAGACCUCUAAGCCCUCUUUGCCAAACGUUCUUCAGAAAGCUGUUGUACCCAUCCUCGACAACAACGACUGUUACAAACAACUCACCUCCGGAUCUGUUAUUGGACAAAAACCUGAACUGUACGACACCCAGGUCUGCUCUGGAAUUGCUGGCAAAGAAGUAUCUGCUUGUUCUGGUGACUCUGGUGGCCCACUCGCCCAAAAGGUUAAUGGAAAGUCUGUACAAGUUGGUAUCGUUUCAUGGGGUAUUAUACCAUGUGGAUCUAGCCACAUGCCUUCCGUCUACACUCGUGUUGCCUCCUACGUCGAUUGGAUCCACUCUCACAUGAAAAAUGCACUACAGCAAAUCAUCGAAAUGUCUCUCAAAGUGAUCAUCCUCGUUACCCUGCUUGCAGCGACCGUCAAUUCAAAGGCCUACCGUGGCUUUACCGUGCCAUUGUUCGAUAGUCGCAUAGUCGGAGGACACGAAGCUACCCCUGGGCAAUAUCCAUGGCAAGUCUCUUUGCAAUGGGGAUGGCUGUUUGGCUACUCCCACUUUUGCGGAGGAGCUAUCCUGAAUAAUCAAUGGAUCGUCACAGCUGGACACUGUGUUCUGGCUGUUCCAACCUAUGGUGAUUUUAUCGUGAAAGCUGGAAAACACAAUUUGAAGACGACAGAAAGCACUGAACAAAGUAUCCAAGUCGUGAAGACGUUUAUACACGAAAAAUAUACGGGAGAUGUAGCUCCAUAUGACAUCGCAUUGUUGAAACUGGCAUCGCCUCUGAAACUGAACAACGCGGUUAAAGCGAUUAGUCUAACAAGGUCGAACACAGUAUCGGGAAAAGCGGUCUUGACAGGUUGGGGAUCAACAUCUAGGACCUCUAAUCCAAACAUGCCUGACAAACUUCAAACUGCCGAGUUGCCAAUCAUCGACCUGCAGACUUGCAAAAAUUCCAUAGAGAAACUCACUGGUCCAUCUCCUUUGCACGAGACGAACAUUUGCACUGGACCGCUCACUGGCGGUUUUUCAGCGUGUAAUGGCGACUCUGGCGGUCCCUUGAUCCUCAACGGUAGCAAAACUGAACUCAUUGGAAUCGUUUCUUGGGGAAUCGUUCCAUGUGGAACGGUAGGUGCAGCAUCGGUAUAUACCAAGGUGUAUUCCUUCGUCAAUUGGAUUGAAAAUAUCAUAUCUAAGAACUAAGGAACAAAUGUACCAAGGGGUCAUAGCAUAAAUAUUUGUAUAUUAUAUUGUAUACACGUAUGUAGGAUAGGAUAAUAUGUAUAUGUAAGAACUAAAUAAUAUACAUGUCGGAGAUGAAAGAACACCGGAGUCUGUAAUUGAACAAUUGUAGUUAUUCAAUCCGAUUGUAAUUGUUCGAGAGUUGUGAUAAUGAGCUUGACCUCGAGGCGACAGUCAGUCGCCGAACGUAGCCGCGGUCACGGGAUGAACGCUUUGCCUAGCAAAGGUAUGGAGUAAUUCUAUAGCUCUCCUUAAAGGAAAUAUUCGUGGCGACACGCGACAGUAAACAUUCCAACGGUUUCUGUCCCGUGGCUCGCCACACGCAGACCCUAUUCUUCGAGUAAGAUGAUUGCCAGAUAUCGAUGCGUCUCCGCAGUACAUGUUCGGCUAGCCCGAGGGCUCGUUAUAAAUCUUAAGGUUUAGUUAACUAAAGUCCUUCAAACAGACAAACAGUCUUUGUCCCAACUACGGGAAGAUAGGGGAGACAUAUUUUUCAACGAGCGGCGUCUCCCACUAGCAACUUUCCCUCGAAGGCGGCUAGCAUCUUUUUCUAACCACCGAUAUGGAGAUUGACCAAUUAGCAGCAACGUCAAUUUCCCUUACUUUCUGAACGAAGGCUUUUCUCGAUGAAUCCGAUGAUCUCGUAUCCUUAAACACACCCCAUUAUAGUUUUCCUCUGUGGUAUCAUCGGGACGGGAAAGGCAUUCUCGUUCGCGAUCUCACUGAUGAAAGGAGUAACCCUUUACGACCAGUGAAUAUCACGCAUCCGACGUAGAUUUUGUGAGUACGUUCAUCUAUCAUCCCGUCGACCGCGGAUUCGUUAUUGAACCUAGGAUCAUUGUCAUUAGUUUCUCGAGUGCCUAACUACCACGGUUACUUGUCCGGCUCUAUAAUAAUCGUAUUUGCACUAGUCAAUGUCUUCUCUAUUGCAUAACGACAACGUGUAACCCAAACGAAGAUUCGUUUCACGCCCCUAACCCUAAUUCUAAUGUCCGCUCCGACAUAUAAAUCUA